CGUUUUAAUAAAAAAGGAUGAAAAGUCUAGUUAUGAUAGCUUUCAUAAUUACUAUAUCUAACUGUCUCAACAUAAGAUAAUGCAAUCCUGCUAUGUGUAAGGGUACUGCUAUGGAAUGCAUGGAGUCAAGUGAAUGGUAUAAAAAUUGGAAUAUCAUUAAUAUAGUGCCAAACAAUUAACCACUUGUUUAAAAGAUUUAAAGUCCCAUAUUGCUGAGGAUAAUUCCUAUGAAUAAUUUGAGACAUGCUUGAAUAAGAGUUUUGCAGCAGGAAAACUCUUGGGUUGUGCAAAGACUCAAUGUCCAAAUUCUGCUGCUUAAUUUGUUACCAUGAUAUUUAACUCGGCUUAAUCUUAGUCCUACAUAUCAAUAGAUUUUAAAAAGUCCAUCAUUUGA